GAUUGGUUUGGUUUCUCAGUUGAUUGCAUCCAUCUAAGUUCGUCUCGUUAGCUUUAUAGAAAAGUUUCUAAUUCUAUGAUCAGAAUUCCGCUGUCUGAGAUAAAAGGGGUUUCUGGGUUUCGUGUCUGUUUCUGAGAAAUUACGGUUUUCCUUGGUGAAUUAUGUGAGUUUGGGGCUACGAGAAGCAAGAUCUAGCGAUCGAGCGGUCAAUCUAUUUUUUCGUUUGUGGUCUAAAUGGCAAAGAGCACGUUCAAACAAGAGCACGACCUUGAGAAGAGAAGGGCAGAGUCUGCUCGGAUUAGAGAGAAAUACCCAGAUAGGAUUCCGGUGAUUGUGGAGAAGGCUGAGAAGAGCGAUAUUCCGAACAUCGACAAGAAAAAGUAUCUUGUCCCGGCUGAUCUGACAGUGGGUCAGUUUGUGUACGUGAUCCGCAAAAGAAUCAAACUGAGUGCAGAAAAGGCUAUCUUUAUAUUUGUCGACAAUGUUCUCCCACCUACAGGUGCGCUGAUGUCUGCGGUGUACGAAGAGAAAAAGGACGAAGAUGGGUUCCUCUACGUUACUUACAGCGGUGAAAACACGUUUGGGGUCGCCCUUUAGAAUCACCCCACCCUCUAUUCUCCAUCCCCCUUUGUUAUAAAAAAAAAAAAAUCGAAUCUAUGUUCAUAUUUAGCACCACCGCCUACUUGUACCGUGUACAGAAGGUGCGUAAUGUAUAUAAUAAGCUUGGAAAAUAUGACAAAACGUUGAUCA